AUGCGGAGAGCUGCAGCAGGCGCACUGCGCACUGCACUCGGCUCAAGGAGCACCCAGGCGCACCCGCGACCAGCCCCUCGCCCUCCCACCGCCAGCUCGCCUCGGCCUUUCUCGUCGUCGACCCCGGCCGCCUUCUUCUUCCGCAAGCCGACCAAGUCGGCGCAGGACCUUGCCGGCGAGCUCGUCCAGGCGUGCAGGGAUGACCGCCCCGACAUCAUGGCCAAGCUGUACCCGUCGUUCGUCGAGGCCGUCUCCAACUCGUCGUCGUCGUCCUCAUCAAGCUCGCGCGCUCCGCUCUCGCGAGGCCAGUUCCACGACCUGAUGCGGUUCGCCGCCACGACGGGCAAGUCGCGCCUCGCCCUGCGCAUGUUCAACGACGCGCCCGUCCGCCUCGGCUUUGCCCACUCGCUCGAGGACCACCACAUCCUCGUCAUUGCCCUGUCGCGCGCCGGCCGCCCCGACAAGGCCAUCGCCUGGCUCGAGUCGAUGCGCGACACGCACGGCCUCGCCCCGACCGUGUCCGAGUGGAACGCCGUCGUCCAGGGUUACCGCCGCAUGCGCGACCUCGCCGGCAUGCGCGCCACGGUCGACCGCAUGCGCGCACGCGGCGUCGAGCCCAACGUCGUCACGUUCAACACGCUCAUCGCCGCCCUGUUCGAGUAUGGCGACCUCGACGGCGUGCGGCGGGCGGUCGCCGACAUGGUCGAGCGCGGCGUCGAGCGCGACCUGUGGACCGAGCAGACGCUCCUCGCCGGCUUCCUCAACGUCGGCGAGCUCGCCUCGGCCCGCGACGUGCAGCGCCGGCUGAAGAGCCUCGUCGCGUCGGCGCCGUCGGACUCGCGCGGCAAGGGCAAGGCGUCGAUCGACGCCGGCGCCGUCGCCGGGCUCGUCCAGUUCGAGACGGUCGAGCAUAGCCUCGAAGCGGGCGUCAGCCUCGCGCGCGAGUUCCGCGAGCGGGGCUUGCCGCUCAGCACGCGCACGCUGAGCACGCUCGUCCAGUACGGCGUGAGCGAGCUCGGCACGGCCGACGAGGGCGCCGCCCUGCUCGACCGCCUCGAGGACGCGCUCGGCGUCGAGGCGGACCGGCACGCGUGGUCGACCGUCGUCGCGGCACUCGCACGACGACCCGCAGCCGACGGCGGGCUCGACGAGGCGCUGCGGGCGUACCAGGUCGCGCGGGACCGGUCCGUGCGGCCCGACUCGUCCAUGAUCCAGCCCCUCCUGACGGCGCUCCUCCUCCCCUCGCCGACGCCCGACACGAUCGCCACCGCCCGCGAGCUGUACGACGACCUCGCGACGUCGUCCAAGUCGUUCACGACGGCGCCCGACGCGAGCGUCUACGUGACGCUCCUGCGCGCGUGCGCCGACCCGGUCCACCCGGACCUCGAGUGGUCGAGGAGCCUCGUCGGCGACAUGAAGCAGCGCGGCAUUCGUCUCGACGGCGCGAGCACGACGUGGCACAUCGUCGCCCUCAUGCGCGCGGCGUCGUCGUUCGACGAGGCGUUUGCGGCGUACGACGAGAUGCGCGCCCUCGACCCGUCGGUCCUCGACCGCAAGGACUACAACACGAUCCUGUCGGCCUUCACGGCCCUCAAGUUCCCGUCGUCGUCGUCGUCGUCGUCGCCCGACUCGGCGGCCCCGGCGCCGCUCAUCAUGGAGUUUAUGACCGACAUGCGCACGUCGGGCCACCCGCCCAACUCGGCGACAUACGCGCUCCUCCUCACGUACUUCUCGCGAGCGGCGUCGGCGUCGCCGGCGACGAUCGCGCACCUGCACUCGCUCAUCAAGCUCGACGUGCACCUCGACCCGGACACGCCCUUGUUCAACGCGCUCAUGGGCGCCUACUCGCGCACGGGCGCGUUCAACGCGGCGUACCGCAUCUGGGACGCCAUGCUCCUGCACCGCAGCGGCGACCCGACCGAGGCCGGCAUCGACGCCAAGACGGUGUCGACCCUGCUCGACACGGCCGCGCACGACGGCUCGCCCGCGGCGCAGCGGCGCGCCGAGCGCGUGUGGGCCGACCUCGCGCGAGGGACGCUCGUCGGCGGGCGCGUGCGGCGCACCGCCAACAACUGGGACGCGUGGGUCGAGGCGCUCGGGCGGUGGGGCCGCCUCGACGAGGCCGAGCAGGUCGUCUUUGGCGACAUGGCGCCCGUCGAGCGGCGGCAGCGUGCGUCAGACGGCGACGGCGACGGCGACGGCGCUCGCGACGUGGCGCCCGUCGCGAGCGAGGGCACGGUGCGCGCGCUGCUCAAGUUUGCGGCGCGCGACUCGAGCGAGGCGCAGCGGCGGGUCGCGCAGCGGGUGCGCGACGAGCGGCCCGACCUGUGGCCUGCGGUCGAGAAGCUCGCGCUGCGCAAGCGGUGGACGAGCGAGGGGCAGCAGGACGAGCGGGUCCAAGAGAGCGAGGAGGGUGGGCGCGAGGAGCGAGGAGGUUUCUUUUCGUCGGCCGCGACGGCCAAGGUAGACGAGCGCAACUAG